GUGGACAUGCAACUGAUGCUGAACUAAAAAGAAAAACAUUAAAUGAAAAAUGUUCUAGUGAACCGGAUAACGGUUGUGAAAAAAAAAAGUUUAGCAACAUUGGUCAAAUUUUCAGGUUGUGGCGGCUUAUCAAAGGGGUUGCAUUAGUCUGGUGUGUCAUCAACUAAAUGAGCUAUUUAAUAUGAAGAACCAACUAAGAAUGUGUUUAAAGUUAAUCAUCCUGAAGCGUUGGUAUUUAUCAACAAUUGCAAAGUUAUUCAUAGGGCUAUAAUGGAAAAAUGUGGGGACAAAGAUGAUUGUAUUUCAACAAUUGAUGCUAUAGAGUUGAUUUCAUUAACGAGGUUCCUCCAUGCCAGGAUGGCUGCAACUAUGCAUGCUAAGAUUAACAGAAGGAAACUGAGUAAGCUCAAUAUCAUCAAGAUCUGUGAAGAGAUUUUGAAUCCAACGAUUCCUAUGGCUCUGAGACUUUCUGGAAUUCUCAUGGGAGGAGUUGUGAUUGUUUAUGAAAGAAAAGUGAAGAUGCUUUAUGAUGAUGUUUCACGUCUUCUGGUUGAGAUUAAUGAAGCAUGGAAAGUAAAGAGUGCUCCAGAAGCAGAUCCGACAAUGCUUCCUAAAAGAAAAUCUCAAGCUAAGAGAGCGGCAAUUACUUUGCCAGAUAAAGAACGGAUGACUCUGGAAGAAAUUGAACAGUCCCUUCAGUCCAAUGCAACCACUACAAUGGGGUUCCAACAUAACGCUUAUUUCUCUAUGCGACUUGAUACUAUGGAGGAACCUGACAUUGGUAAUGCAGGAAGAGAGGAGGAAGAUCUAGGGAAUAAUCACCAUCAAGCGGCUCCGGAGGAUAUUACCAUACCUGACUCUUACCAAGCUAAUACGGAUAACCCCAAUCGAUUUGAUAGGUUUGAUAAUGAAGGAGAUGACGAAACACAAGUGAAUGUAACUUCAGGAAAUUAUGGCCAACUUCCAUCCGUGCUUAUACCCUCCCCACCUCCUCCAGAUGACCCAAUGAGAGAUGAUAUAAUGGAAGACCAACAUCCUGAGCCCCCGAUCAUUCCGCAAAAUAAUGACACCAUGAAUGCUAGAGAGGAACCUCAAAGGCGAAGGCCAACUAAAAGGAAAAGAGGAAAACUAAUGGUAAUGGACUGUGGGCAAACUGUGAUCACUGCUUCUACAUACCAAAGUUGGCUUAAAAACCCAUCUGCUUUAGUCUCAAAAAGAGGAGGAAUGAAUAAGUUGCAGCGGCGACAUGAUAUGAUGUCUUCAACUAAGAGAGCUAACCCCUGGGAGAUGCCUCUUAGUGUGCUAAAAGAUGGCUUAUUUUCAAUUGUAAACAAAAAUAUAUAUUAUCCAGCACCUCUUCUUGACUUAUCGAUUGAGAGCACUCAACCACCCCUUGAUUCACCUUCAGUUAGGAUUUCAUCACAGAAUCCUUCAGAACCAUCAUCUACAUCACUUCCAGGAGUUCAUAAUAAUGACUUCACAGGAUAUGGUUUUGAAGAAACUGAUGGUAGGCUAGACAAUCUAUUUAAUGCUCCUGUAGAGAAGGCGCGGACACAGAUCCUUGACAAUGGUGUGAGAGUACCUUAUGCUACUCCCCAAACGUCAUCAGGGAAAUUUGAUGGGUUUCAGGGAGGGGACAAUGCAUAUUCCAUCCCAAGUACAGUAUCUGGACAUGGUCUUUCCUCACAUUCAGAUUUGGAGAGAGGGAGACUCACAAAGAAAACACGCCGUUCAUCAUCUGGAAACAGCAGUGGGGGGCUUCAUACAGUAGCGGAGAAUGAAAAUUUCACGGAUGCAAAUUUCAAGUUACAUAGGCUGUCUGACAUUGGUCCAACACCUGAUCAUGAACUACAUGUGGAGACAGGACCCACUCAAACACAAGGAAAGGCCAAUCAUCGUAGUGACGAGUUAACCGAAUCAAUCCAUGUUCAGAUGAAAACAUUUUUUGACACCCCUGGAGGUCCUCAAUUUGAAUCCCUAUAUGUGCUUGCUACUGGAAUGACCAGAAAAUUAGCAGCAUUACUUUUCUAUCAAACUUGUGUUCUUGCUACCCGUGAUGUCCUAAGAGUGGAGCAGAUGGAGCCUUAUGGGGACAUUAUUAUCUCUAGAGGAUCAAAGAUGUGAUGAAGGUUUGGUUUCCUCUCCAAUUAUGCAGGUGAAUGUUGAUAUUUAAUUUAGGAAAGGACAGUGAUUCCUCCAUACAUAUACAAUCAUUAGUUACUACAUACUCCUUCAAACAUAACACAGCUGGAUUACCAUUUAGCAUAGCAACCACUAGGAUUUAAAAUAUUAUAUGUUACCAUUAUUACUAGAUAGUUUGGAUUAUUGGUUAUGCGGUGCCUAGUGAAUUUCUGUGAGUAUUAAAGUGCAUAUUUGGAUUCAAACUUG